CCCGCUCGGCUGGCUGUCAGGCCACCGGCCCGGCCUCCGAUGCGGAGGCGCUGCGGCCGGGGACCAUGCAGCAGGCGCCGCAGCCCUACGAGUUCUUCAGCGAGGAAAACAGUCCGAAAUGGCGGGGACUGCUGGUCCCGGCCCUGCGGAAGGUUCAGGAGCAAGUACAUCCCACUCUCUCAGCUAAUGAAGAGUCUCUUUAUUAUAUUGAAGAACUGAUUUUUCAGCUGCUUAAUAAAUUAUGCCUGGCUCAACCAAGGACUGUUCAAGACGUGGAGGAACGAGUCCAAAAGACCUUUCCUCAUCCUAUUGAUAAAUGGGCAAUUGCUGAUGCACAGUCUGCCAUCGAGAAACGUAAGCGAAGAAAUCCUCUUUUACUACCUGUGGACAAAAUCCAUCCUUCCUUGAAGGAAGUUUUGGGGUACAAAGUGGACUACCAUGUAUCCCUCUACAUUGUGGCUGUAUUGGAGUAUAUCUCAGCAGAUAUUUUGAAAUUGGCUGGUAAUUAUGUUUUUAAUAUCCGGCAUUAUGAAAUAUCUCAGCAAGACAUUAAAGUGUCAAUGUGUGCAGAUAAGGUUCUGAUGGACAUGUUUGAUCAGGAUGAUGAUAUAGGUUUGGUUUCUCUCUGUGAAGAUGAACCUAGUUCUUCUGGUGAGCUAAACUACUAUGACCUUGUCAGAACUGAAAUUGCAGAAGAAAGACAGUAUCUACGGGAACUGAACAUGAUCAUCAAAGUAUUCCGGGAAGCCUUUCUUUCUGACAGGAAGUUGUUCAGGCCUUCUGAAAUUGAAAAGAUUUUCAGUAACAUUUCAGAUAUACAUGAAUUGACUGUGAAACUCUUAGGGUUGAUUGAAGACACAGUGGAAAUGACAGAUGAAAGUAGUCCUCACCCAUUAGCUGGGAGCUGCUUUGAAGAUUUAGCAGAGGAGCAAGCGUUUGACCCCUAUGAAACAUUGUCACAGGACAUUCUCUCGCCAGAGUUUAAUGAGUACUUCAGUAAGUUGAUGGCCAGACCUGCAGUUGCUCUACAUUUUCAGUCCAUUGCUGAUGGCUUUAAGGAGGCUGUUCGUUACGUCCUUCCACGGCUUAUGCUGGUGCCUGUGUAUCACUGUUGGCAUUACUUUGAGUUACUAAAGCAGUUGAAAGCGUGCAGUGAAGAACAAGAAGACAGGGAGUGUUUGAAUCAGGCUAUCACUGCCCUCAUGAAUCUCCAAGGCAGCAUGGACCGAAUUUACAAGCAGCACUCACCUAGACGCCGACCAGGGGAUCCCAUUUGCCUUUUUUACAAUCGUCAAUUAAGAAGCAAGCACCUGGCUAUCAAGAAAAUGAAUGAAAUUCAGAAAAACAUAGAUGGGUGGGAAGGCAAAGAUAUUGGACAGUGUUGUAACGAAUUCAUAAUGGAAGGGCCAUUGACCAGAAUUGGUGCUAAACAUGAAAGGCAUAUUUUUCUCUUUGAUGGCUUGAUGAUCAGCUGUAAACCUAAUCAUUGCCAGAGCCGACUUCCGGGUUAUAGUAGUGCAGAAUACAGACUAAAAGAGAAGUUUGUCAUGAGGAAAAUUCAAAUCUGUGAUAAGGAGGAUACGUGUGAAUGCAAACAUGCUUUUGAAUUAGUAUCCAAAGAUGAAAACAGUGUAAUCUUUGCUGCUAAGUCAGCUGAAGAGAAAAAUAACUGGAUGGCAGCCCUUAUUUCCCUUCACUAUCGAAGCACUCUAGAUAGGAUGCUGGACUCCGUACUGUUGAAAGAAGAAAAUGAGCAGCCCCUGAGGCUACCAAGUCCAGACGUGUACCGCUUUGUGGUGAAAGACUCUGAGGAAAACAUUGUGUUUGAAGACAACCUGCAAAGUAGAAGUAUAAUCCCCAUUAUUAAAGGAGGGACUGUGGUGAAAUUAAUUGAAAGGCUAACCUAUCAUAUGUAUGCAGAUCCCAAUUUUGUUCGUACUUUUCUUACUACAUAUCGUUCAUUUUGUAAACCACAGGAAUUGCUAAGCUUGCUGAUAGAACGGUUUGAGAUUCCAGAACCAGAGCCUACUGAAGCAGACAAGUUGGCGCUAGAGAAAGGCGAGCAGCCAAUCAGUGCAGAUCUGAAAAGAUUUCGCAAGGAAUACGUCCAACCUGUGCAACUCAGGAUCUUAAAUGUCUUUCGCCACUGGGUUGAACAUCAUUUUUAUGACUUUGAAAGAGACCUGGAAUUGCUUGAAAGACUAGAAUCCUUCAUGUCAAGUGUAAGAGGGAAAGCUAUGAAGAAAUGGGUAGUGUCCAUUGGUAAGAUCAUCAAGAGGAAGAAGCAGGCUCAGGCAAAUGGAAUAAGCCAUAAUAUCACCUUUGAAAGUCCACCUCCACCCAUUGAAUGGCAUAUCAGUAGACCCGGCCAGUUUGAAACGUUUGACCUUAUGACACUUCAUCCAAUAGAAAUUGCACGCCAGUUAACACUUUUGGAGUCUGAUCUCUACAGCCAGAACCAUGUGGCUGUGCUUUUUAUAUAUUCUUGUGGAUCUUUAUAUAUGAUUGAAUUAUAUGGAAGAAUUAUAUUCAGCUUAUAUGUUUUAAAGGCAUUGCAGGAAAGGAAGAGGAGAAUUUUGGAUGAUGCUGUGGAAUUAAGUCAGGAUCACUUUAAAAAAUACCUAGUAAAACUUAAAUCAAUCAAUCCACCUUGUGUGCCUUUUUUUGGAAUAUAUUUAACAAAUAUUCUGAAGACUGAAGAAGGGAACAAUGAUUUUCUCAAGAGGAAAGGAAAAGAUUUAAUCAAUUUCAGUAAGAGGAGGAAAGUGGCUGAAAUUACUGGAGAAAUUCAGCAGUAUCAGAACCAGCCUUACUGCUUACGUACUGAACCCGAAAUGAGGAGAUUCUUUGAAAACCUUAACCCCAUGGGGAUUCUAUCUGAAAAGGAGUUUACAGAUUAUUUGUUCAACAAAUCGCUAGAAAUUGAACCCCGAAACUGCAAACAACCACCUCGAUUUCCUAGGAAAUCAACCUUUUCCUUAAAGUCUCCUGGAAUAAGGCCUAAUACAGGCCGGCACGGCUCCACCUCAGGCACAUUGCGAGGUCACCCCACACCUUUGGAGAGAGAGCCGUACAAGAUAAGCUUUAGUAGGAUUACCGAGACUGAGCUCGAAUCAACAGUGUCAGCCCCCACCUCUCCAAACACGCCGUCCACUCCCCCUGUGUCUGCCUCCUCCGACCACAGCGUGUUUCUAGACAUGGAUCUCAACAGUUCCUGUGGCAGCAACACCAUCUUUGCGCCGGUGCUCCUGCCCCAGUCAAAGACUUUCUUCAGCUCGUGUGGGAGUUUACACAAACUGAGUGAAGAGCCGCAGAUUCCCCCUCCGCUUCCUCCUCGGAAAAAAGUUGAUCCUGAAACUUCAAACUCCAAGGGAACUAUGAAAUCUGAUGAUGAUCCUCCUGCUAUUCCACCAAGACAGCCUCCUCCUCCAAAGGUAAAGCCAAGAGUUCCUGUCCCCACCAGUGCAUUUGAUGGGCCUGUGCACAGUCCACCUCCACCACCGCCAAGAGAGCCUCUUCCUGAUACCCCCCCACCGGUUCCUCUUCGGCCUCCGGAACACUUUAUAAACUGUCCGUUUAAUCUGCAGCCACCUCCAUUGGGCCACCCUCACAGAGACCCAGACUGGUUCAGAGACGUUAGGACGUGUCCAAAUUCACCAAGCACUCCUCCCGGCACACCCUCUCCACGGGUGCCACGAAGAAGCCAUUUGCUCAGUUCCAGUCACAACAACCUUGCUCAUCCUCCAGCUCCUCCCGUUCCACCAAGGCAGAAUUCAAGCCCUCACCUACCCAAACUGCCACCAAAGACUUACAAACGGGAGCUCUCACACCCGCCCUUGUACAGACUGCCUUUGCUCGAAAAUGCAGAAACUCCUCAAUGACCUUAGCCAUGUGUAGUCAUUGACACUGGAAUAGUAUUUGUAAAGAUUUUUAAUUUAUUCAAAGAGGCAUAGUAUUUUAGUACUUUUUACAAAUAAUGCUCUUACAAAAAUGCUACUGAUCAAAUAAGCUUUUAAGAAUGAGAAAAAUUGCCGGGCAUGGUGGCCCACACCUUUAGUCCCAGCACUCGGGAAGCAGAGGCAGGUGGAUUUCUGAGUUUGAGGCCAGCUCGGUCUAUAGAUCGAGUACCAGGACAGCCAUGGCUACACAUAGAAACCCUCUCUCAAAAAAACAAAACCAAGAAAAGAAUUCUAAAACUUAAAAUGCAAAAGCCCUUCACCAUAACCCUCAGGUGAGGAGUAGCCUUGCCUUGUCUCAGCUCCUCAGUGCUGCCCAAAGGCCAGUAUAAUGAACUCCUGUUUGCACUGCAGACCCCGCUAAACUGUGGCUGCGGAUGAUACCGACUGCACUGAAAGGAUAGUUCUCAAGGAAGUGCUCCAGGCUGAGUAGUAGACGCCUUCUUAAGGCGAUGAAUUCACAGAUACAGGAUGAACUGUGAUGUUACUGGGUCGUCAACCCUCUCUGACCCUCUUCUAGGUUUUAACUUUGUUUGGUUUUUACAGCUAGUGAAUAACACCUCCUGUUCUUAAACCUUUGAUGCCAUGUCUUAAAUGCCAGUAUUUGCUGCUGAAGACAAAAACAGAAAAUAGAAUGGAAAUAAUAGGAUGCACUGUGUUUAUUAUUUUGUUAAAAUUAUAAACGAUUCUACAUAACCCGAUUAUAGACGAAAAGGGGCAUGUAUCUCAUUAAGAUGCUCCUUUAGUUCUGCAGUGUAUGCUGUCUUUAGCUAAUGAUUUGCCUCUUGUUUGGGAAAACAAAGUUAAUAUGCCAUGUAUGUACAGUUUAUUUAUAUUGUAUAUAUUUAAAGACAAUGCUAAUAACCUAUAUAAAUUUAAGUGACUUGAGGCCUAUAAUACAAUCUGCUAUUUUACUAAUUUGUAAGUCAAGAACAAACGUUUCUUAUGGCGUAGGAACCAACUGCCUUCACUUCAAAACGUAUUAACUUUCUUUAAUCUCAUGUUAAUUGAAAUUUUUUAAAAGUUUUUCCAGAUUGGUAAUAUUUAAACAAAAUACUUAAAGCUUUAUUAAAAUUUGUAAUCCGACAGGAUAAAGCUUUUGUCAUUUGGACACCCUCGUUCAAAGUGAUCAGAGUGUGGUGCUGAUCGUUCAGGAGCAAUUGUAAAGUAGCCCAAAGCCACGGUGUUCUCUGCUGGUCUGUGGCCUUUUACUGUGCUUUGUAUCAGAGUUCUAACAAGAUUAAUAAAUCACCUCAGUCUUCAUUUUUAAAA